CAUUCUCUCAGAGGCAUCCGGUCAGGAACGCUCGCUCUCGUAUCACAAGCUCAAGUUCAGCACCGCCGCGACACGUUUCCAGACGACAAAAUGUUUCCUGUUUGAUGUUUGGAUAAACGCAUCGGUUUCUAGUUUCUCGUCUCAUUGUUCCUCUGACGCAAUCCUGCUCAGAGUGGAUGAAAAUGGGCUGACUGAAACAUCCUACGGCUUAGACGGCAAACCAUGAGGGGCAUCUGUCAUGCCAUGAACCACAACCAUGAUGGCAGCUCCCAUACUUCACCAAGACUUUUCAACUCAAGGCUUCGUCUCCUCGCUUAGCACAACAGAUUGCCAAUGCGGACCAAAAGCCUCAAGAGACAAGGUAUUCAAAGAUGCUCCCUGCAAACAUCAUUGCCAAGGGUCAGACGCGGCCCGCAAUCUUCAUAUUUUCUCGUUCUGUGGUUGAUGGAAUUCUGUUUCGACGUCAGUUUGAUCCUGCGGCCCAGCUAGCCUGUCCGCCGUCUAGCAUGAUAACGGAAAAAUGACCGCUGGAUAUCCAGGCCCACGAGGCUCUUGAUCCUUUGGCGCACAUUGUUAUCAAGUCAACUGUCUUGGCGUCACAGAUAAAAUUAUCUAGUGCCUGAAUGCUCGCUUCCGACGCCUUGGUAAGCUACAUCCGAUGUAUACAGCCCCACGAGCGGGCGCUAUCUCGAUUCUAGAAAUGGAAACCUCAAGGCCCCUUGAGGAGAUUGUCCUGAACCUGAUGCUUGCGUUAAUCCUUGAAUCCUAUCGGCCAGUCAAGCCGCGACCUUACAGCAGGACUUCGUAAGCUGGGUCGCCGUGACAUUGCCAUUCUUUGCAUCGGCAGGCAUUGGCUUCUGUAAAUCGCUAUGAUCUUGGAACAGGCCAUGUUACCCCAACAUCAGAUCGUAAUAAGCGCGGGCUUGGCCGGUGUUGUGAGUUUGUCACUGUUUGUGGGAAGAUAGAUUGCCGAUAGUGGCAUGUUUGUUGAAUCAUCAUCGCAAGUAGCACGGACAUCGUCCUGUGUCAAGCCUCCUUGAUCAAUGUCAUGCAUUAAUUACAAUACAAGUGGCGUGUGGUGUAAUAGUUUCGGUGACCGUAUUCUCGGUCGCAGGUGAGGCGCCACACUCAAGCGCCACACGAGGCGUCGCUUGACGGGAUGAAUUCGCAACCUCAGGCAGCCACGGAUCGCCGCUCCGUGACGCACCCGAAUAACGCCGGAAAUUUCCAGGAAGGCUAUCACGAGCCGGGCAUUGAACAUCGGUUGUACAGCCAUUGCGGUCGACACAAUGGGUUCCAGCGAGUCGAAACCAAUCUCCUCACAUGUGUGGAAGGCCUCAGCGCCUAACGGACUGUCACAAGAUCUCGUUGAUUCACUACAAUCCAGCAAUGAGACCGAUGCCUCUCGUUCCAAGAUAGUCGAGCUCCAGAUCCAGGCCCGCGUGGCCGAGGAGCUCAAGAAGCUACAGCAGAAAGAAGCCGAAGCUCUCAAAAUAGCACACGAGAAACUCGCCAGCGCCGAUUUCAAAGAUGACAACAGCACGAGCCAGUACACCGUCAGCAAGGAGAUUGAAGCCAUGCGUGAGAAGCUCGAGUCACGCAAGCAAGUGCGUCCUCUGCCCGAGAGCGUUGAGGGAGCACGCAAUGAAGUCAUUCGAUGUCUGCGGGAGCACGACCGACGGCCGCUCGACUGCUGGCAGGAGGUGGAGAACUUCAAGGCCGAAGUUAAGAAACUUGAGAAGAGCUGGGUCGAGAAGGUCGUCUCGUAGAGAGAGAAGGAAAACUGAUAAUGGGAAUGGGGACUGAUUCUAUAGAGAUAUAGAGGUGAUGGGCUCUGGUAUGCCCAGACAGGUACGCACGUGUACAUUACGGCAUUGGUAGCGGGAAAAACUAGGUUGAGGAAUCAAAGUGUACAACUUAUAUCUCAAAGAGGAGUCCUGCGUCUUCCUCCUUUCCUGAUUUGGCGCGGUCUGAUUCUGGUUCUGUCUCUUGCUUGGCUUUCAGCUCGGCUUUCUUUCGCAGGCCCUCAGCACGCUUCCUUUCUCUUCUCGCUGCAGCGUCCUCCCAUUCUUGUCCUUCAGGGUUUAGACGUGGUACUGGAGCAGAGAUAGCGUCUCUGAAGGCGUUUUGGAAGCGUUCAAUGCGCUUCUUAUUCUCGAUAAAACGCUCAUUGGCAAUCUGGACGAGGGUCUGGAGGUACUCGGGUGAGACUAUGCGUUGCCGAUGGCCGUCAACUUGCUGCCCGAUGAGAGACUCAAAGGCAAGUCCCAUUGUCCGUAUAGCCACCAUAGGAGUGGCAGCAUCCUUGCCAUUCGGGAUGAUAUUGAGGGCACCCGACUCACGAAACCCUGCCUGUAGGCCGCAGCGCAGAAGUAGUUGAGCAUGUUCCGGUGAUGCUGUGAGGACGUGGAGGAUCUACGUAAUAUCUCAGUAUGAAUGUUCUUUGUAUUAUAUAAUGCCUUUCCGCUAUAUUCGAUACAGCACAAUUUCUGCUUACCAUUGCCUCGUA